ACCACCACUGCAGACCUGCUCCCUGUGGCCAGCCAGCCACCUUGCCAGGCCGUGCCAUGGACCCGCAUGAGAUGGUCGUCAAGAACCCCUAUACCCACAUCAGCAUCCCCCGAGCUCACCUGCGGCCUGACCUGGUAAAGCAGCUAGACACAGCUCCCUGCUCAUCCUCUUCCUCUUUGUCCUCCGAAACACAGCCUGUGCCCGUGGGACCCUGCACCCCAGAGCCCGCCCGCCUCCUGCAGCCCACUGAGGUCCCAGGCCCCAAGGGGGCCGAGGGAGCUAAGGGUGCCAAGGGCGCCGCUCCCAUCCAGGGCCAGCAGACAUGGCAACACCCCAGUAACCCCUACGGCAGCGCCCAGCGUCCAGCAGGACUGACCUACGCGGGCGUGCCGCCCAUCGGGCCAGGCGAUGACAUCGCCCACCACUGCUGCUGCUGCCCCUGCUGCUCCUGCUGCCACUGCCCUCGCUUUUGCCGCUGCCACAGCUGCUGCUGCGUCGUCUCCUAG